AAGCGCACCGGGAUGUGCUGGCCGGGGCAGCCGGCAGGCUGAUGGGGGAGGGAGGGAGCAGCCUGUGAAACGGGGUGACGGCGGCCACCAGCCCGGGCGGGGACCGGGACUGGGAGAGGCCCCUGAGCAGCCGGCUGGUCCGGGGGCUGGGCUAGGGUGGGGGGCGUGGGGUCGCAGGGACAGACGCUCAGCCGAGCCUGCGGGGGUAAGGAGGGCGAAAAGAAGGGUAGGCUUUACUGGUCGGAGAGAGACAGGACAAAGGGAGGUUUGGAAGAGAGUGGCUGGAAGUAGUGAGAAGCUGGUAACAGGCGUGCUGCAAGGAUCUGAGAAAAAGAAGGGAAAUCUAUGUAAGUAGCUGAAACGAUUAAGUGACAAGAAAGAAGGCCAGUGAAAGUGAAGGGAAGGUGAGGGGUGGCACAGGGCUAAGAGAAGGGUCGGUGGAAGUGUAUAGAGGAUCGAGGAAAAAGCCGUGGAAGUGGCUGGGGUCCGGGGCCGGAAGGCAGGGGAGCUGAGCGCAAAACUGAGAGUGUUUGGAAACUGGAAGGCUUGGUGGCGAAAGAGGAUCAGGACUCAGAUCGCACCUCGGAGAGUGAGCGACAUGUCCGGGAUGUGGGAUCAGAGGUUGGUGCGUUUGGCGGUUGUGCAGCAGCUUCGGGCUGCCUAUGGAAUUAAGGUCAAGGGUGGCCGGGCGCAGAGCGAUCGCAGGAGACCGGAAACAGCAACCACGGAAAUAGUGGGUAAAAUAUUUGGAGUACCAUUAAAUGCAUUGCCCCAGUCCGUUGUACCAGAAUAUGGACAUAUUCCAAGUUUUCUUGUUGAUGCUUGCACGUCUUUAGAAGAGCAUGUUCAUACAGAAGGGCUUUUUAGGAAAUCAGGAUCUGUUAUUCGUCUAAAAGCACUAAAGAAUAAACUCGAUCAUGGUGAAAGAUGCCUGUCUUCUGCACCUCCUUGUGAUACCGCGGGACUUCUGAAGCAGUUUUUUAGAGAAUUGCCAGAGCCCAUUCUCCCAGCUGAUUUGCAUGAAGCACUUUUCAAAGCUCAACAAUUAAAAACAGAAGAGAAGAAUAAAGCUACAUUGUUGCUCUCCUGUCUUAUGGCUGACCACACAAUUGAUAUAUUAAGAUACUUCUUUAAGUUUCUCAGGAAAGUUUCUCUUAGGUCCAGUGAGAAUAAGAUGGAUAGCAGCAAUCUUGCUGUAAUAUUUGCACCAAAUCUUCUUCAGACAAGUGAAGGACAUGAAAAGAUGUCUGCUAACACAGAAAAAAAGCUACGAUUACAGGCUGCAGUAGUACAAACUUUUAUUGAUUAUGCAUCAGAUAUUGGGCAUGUUCCAGAUUUUAUCCUAGAAAGGAUACCAGCGAUGUUGGGUAUUGAUGGUCUCUGUGCUACUACAUCGCUAGAAGGCUUUGAAGAAGGCGAUUACGAAACUCCUGGUGACUGUAAGAGAAAACGAAGACAAAGUGUAGGAGAUUUUGUUAGUGGAGCAUUAAAUAAAUUUAAAUCUAACAGGACACCUUCUAUUACACCUCAACAGGAAAGAAUUGCCCAGCUAUCCGUUUCACCAACAAUUCUUACACCAAAUGCUAAGCGUAAACUGCCGGUAGAUUCUCAUGGUUUCUCAAGUAAGAAAAGGAAGUCCAUCAAGCACAAUUUUAACUUUGAGUUGUUGCCAAGUAAUCUCUUCAAUAGCAGUUCUACACCAGUAUCAGUUCACUGUGAUACAAGCCCGGAAGGGUCAUCUCAGAGUUCAUUCUCUCCUGUCGCCAUCAGUGGAAACCAUUUGAUCAGUACAAAUGUGCUAAGGCGAAGUAAAAGGCUUGCAAGCAAAAAAGUUUGCAGUCUUUCUAGGGUGGAAUCAGGAAAAGCAGGCUGCUUCUCUCCUAAAAUCAGCCGUAAAGAUAAGGUUCGAAGAUCUCUUCGUUUGAAAUUUAAUCUAGGGAGAAACAGCAAAGAUGGAAAUGAGUGUUCUGGUGUCAAAAGAUCUGAAAAUGUUGGUCGACGACUUGCAAAUCAACAAAGUUUAAAAACUAGGAUUGAAUCUGUAAAAACAGGUCUGCUUUUUAGCCCAGAUACUGAUGAAAGAUUAACAAAGAAAGGUUCGAAAAAGAUCAGUAAGUCAGAGGAAAACUUAAUAACUCCAGAGCGACUAAGUGGAACAAAUUACCGGAUGUCUUGGAUAGGACCUACUAACUCAGAUUUUCAAGAAGUAGAUGGAAAUGAAGCUUCUCCAAUAGAUGGAACUCUUGAGGUGGAGGACUCUUCUUUGGAGCCUGAUAUGAUGGUUGAAAAGUCCCCUAUUGGCUCAUACGAGCUUACCCCUCCUAAUGUACACAGUACGCACAAUAACAACAUAACUGGCGGCUCUCUUAGUGGUGAUGAAAAUAACUUGACCACAGAGACUGUGGUGAAAAUUCAGAAAGCAUUUUCUGAAUCUGGAAGUAAUCUUCACGCAUUGAUAAAUCACAAGCAGUCACCAUUAACUAAUGUGGAGAAAGUAAAAUUCAAUGAAACAUCUUCUACCAAAGGUAGCCCAGAGAAAAAUCUCUUGAAAACUAAUUUGACUGUGAUAGAAUCAAAUGGACACCGUACCAGUAACGAUGAAAAUAGCUUUUCAGAAAGUGACUUCUCACUACAUCAGCCUCAAAAAUCAGAUAGAGAAGCCACUAUAAAAUGUUACUCAACUCAGAUGAAGAUACAACUGGAAAACAACAUUCAUUUGAAUAUACCAAAAGAUUAUUUAAGCAAGCAAGAGUUGCCCAGUGAUGAACAUGUAAGGAAACAAGAGUCCCCAGGGGAUACCCUCAAUACUAAAUUAAAGGAUAAUCAAAAUUUGAUUGAAGAGAACUUACUGAAACACACAGCUUCUAGGGAGGUUGUGGCUAGCACCUCUUCCUCGGAACAGAGCACGUGCAGUAGCGCAGACCUGCCAGAACCGAGUCCUGUGGGGAUCAUUAAACAGCGGUCACUGGUGGAAACACGUGAUGAAACGGUUUCUGAAUGUUUACAAAUGACAGAGCAUGGAAGGGUUUCAGACCACAUACAGUGGUUUAACAGACUUUCUUUAAAUGAACCAAAUAGGACAAAAGUUAAGUCACCUCUUAAGUUUCAGCGUACGCCUGUCCGUCAGUCAGUGAGAAGAAUCAAUUCUUUGUUGGAGUAUGGUGGACCUCCUCCAAGGCAUAAAUUAGCAAGUCUUGGUGAUACUGCUUCUCCUCUGGUUAAAUCAGUGAGCUGUGAGAGUGCUCUUCCCUCUUGUAUAGAAAGUAUGACUAUGACAAAAGAUUCCUCCCUUCCAUGUACCAGAUCAGGUCCUAAAGAACAGAAGUCUACAUCUUGCAAGCAGUCAAAUAUUGAUAUGAUUUCAAAAUCAAGCAUGGAGGUAACUUCUACAUCUUUCUUACAAAUGAAGAGGCACCCAAACUCUGUGAAUGCGUCUCUUGGGUCCACCAGAGUUUGUAAACAAGAAGUGAUAUCUAAUAAUCAAAUUAAGUUUCCCUUGGAUGAUCUAACAAACCAUGAUAUAGUAAAAUCUAUUGUAAGUAAUGAUAAGGUCAUUCCCCCUAGCGUAAGCAACAGGGUCCUUAGAAAACCAUCAGAAAAAGAGAGGAUCUGGUAUAAAGGUUCUCCAAAAAAUCCUAUUGGAAAAGUUCAACUACUACCAACAAGUAAACCUGUAGACUUGUAAUUGGUAAAUGUUGUUCUUGUCAUUAAUGUAUAUAAAAUUAUCAAUUGGUGAUAUGACUUGCAAGGUAAUAUGAUGUGUUUGUAGCUCAGGAUGAUUGUUAUGUGAUGAAUUUAAUUUCAUUGCACAAGCAACUUGAAUUCUUGUUUUUCUUAAUUAUGGCAAUAUUUAAGCUAUCUUUAAUUUUAUUGUGAUCUCUUAAAGCAGAGGUUACACUUUACUUUCUUAAAGAAAUUGUUGACUGGGUUUAUAAGAAGUUAAUUUUUGAGAAUUGGAUGGAUUUUAUUUUUUAAUGUGUGAUAGAAUGGAAUGAGUUGUGCUGAUUUCUUGUUACUCCUAAGUCAGAUGAAGUUUCUCCAAGAAAUCUCAACACACAGAGGGAGAGAUAAGCCCUGCAGAUCUUAUUUCUCAAAUUCCAUUAAUGUUCAGUGUCUUUAAAAAUCCCUAGAAAUUAAUUUGCUUCAAUAGCAUUUUAAUCCUUUGUUCCUUUUGGAUGUAAUUAGGUUUAUAUUGCCUAUAGAUGUGACAGUGUGGUCCCUAGAACUAAGAAUAAUGGCUGGUGCAGAAUGACGAUGACUCAAGUGUGCUCACAUAGUAUGAGGCUACAGAAAUAACAGAUGACUUUUAAGCCAUACUACAUUUUUAAAGUUAAUUUGCACAAAUACAUUUGUAUCUGUUUUGUCCAAUAUAGAAUUUAAAAUUUUUUAAGAAGGGGUAAUUAAGCUUGGAAGAUUUUAAUCAAAGUGAUUGCUUGUAUGCAGAUGCUUGGUUUUAGACUUUGAAGUAAUUGAUGCGCCUCUGUACAUUUACCUUGGAUUCUUUCAAGAACCUGUGAUGGUUUUGUCAUGUGUGUAAAUGUUAUUUAUUUAGCAUAGACAUUAAAGAUAACUUUCUGGAAAAUGACUUGCCUGAGACUCUAAUGAAAUUCAAAGUACCUUUUAGAAUUUGAUCCAAAUUGUCAAGCUAAUCUAUCUAAAUUGAUAUUUAAAUUAUUAGAAAUAACAAAGUUUUAAGGACAGAAUACUAUCACCAGUAGAGUGUAUUUAAGUUUUAGAAGAAGGAAUAUGCAUGCAGAAUCAAUCACUAAAGAUGGUUUUGCAGGUCAGGUGUUAGAAUGCCACAUUCAAAGGUGAGGGCAGAACAGAACCACACUGCACACCGCUCAGAACAACCAGGCAGUAUGAAUGUGUGGGAGGAAUUUAAAGUCAUCAGAGGUUUGCUUUACCAAGCCCUCCUUGAUAGCAGUACAUCUUAUUCAAAAGCUAUUUCCCAUUUCUAUAAUCACUACCUAGGAAUUGACCCUAUCUCAGAAUUAGGAAGUAUUACUUAUUAUGUAAAGACUAAAAUCUGUAGAUAGAAACAUCAUGUUUAUCUGACAUCAAAACAGGUUUUUAAUACAGGUAUGCAUUUCUGUUGAUGGUAUUUCUAAUAGUAAGUAGAUAUAGAAAAUAUUCUUAAAUUCUGAGAUGUUUGUUUUUGCAAGCAGUUCUUUUUAACUUUAUUUUUUUAAAUGCAUUAAUGUCCUUUGAUUUCCAUGGGAGUAGGUGAAAUGUUGAAUUGAAAGCCUAAUUCAGUAAGAAGGCAAGAAAUUAACUGUACAAAUCACCUGAAUCAGUGGAUUUUCUGAGAGACUAAUCAUUAAUAAUAAAAGAUAUUUAUAAAAAAAAAAAAACUACCCACAUGUCACUCCAUUUUUUGUUAGCUGAAAGCUGCAGUACAGAGUAAAGGAUUAUGCAGGUGCAAAGCUUGGAGAUGUAACUGGAGAGUUGGGAAAGUUGAGUUUUAGCCUUGAUUUAGUAUUCAUGUUUUCAUUUUUUCUUAUACAAUAGAAUGUUUUUAAUCUCAUGGGGAUAUUUAAUCAAAUGAUAUACAAACAUACUUAAAAGUCUGGGCAUGUGCGGUAACUCCAAAAACUAUUUUCAUUUUAUUCUUACAAGUAAAUGAAACUCUAAUAUUAAUUUGGUUAUUAUGGGCAACAAACAAUACAGUUAUACAUAGAACUUAAUAGACCGCUUGACAACAUUCUAAAAUCACUAAAAAUUUUUGAUACAAGAUUGUGAAAAUCAUCAAGCUCAGAACAUACAAGGUUUUGUUUUUAGAAUAUAAAAUUUCAUAUGAAGCAUGAACAGUGUAGUUUGGUCAGAUUUCCAUUCAACACAAAGGCAGUCAAUUAUAGUGGCAUUUCUGUUUUUCCAGGCACAAAAUGAAGAUAAUAAACAUUAAAAUUUAGAAUUGGAAAAAACCCUCAUUAUGUGUGAAUAAUAAAUAUUAAAAUCCAGCAUGGUCUUUAAGCCUAGAACCAAUGGGCAAUAUAUUUGUUAUUUUGCACUGUUAGCAUGCGCUGAAAUAAAAAGCUGGAAGCAUAAGACCAUCCAUGGAAGAAAAGGUGCUAGGAAGGAGGCUGGCUUCAAACCAAAAGGUCAUGGAUGAAUUUUGCAGGCCCCCUCUUGAUUGCAUAAAGUUGCUGUUGAUGAUAAUGGAUUUGGGGACAGAACAAGGAUACAGAAUUCUGGAUUCUAACCUCAUCAAGGUAUUUACUCUGGGAUCUCCAAGUACUUAAUCUCCAAGUAUUUAACAUCCCCAGUCUUGAUGAAAGAAACUGAAAUACUUAUUCGUCGUAUGGUUUUACAUUUCAAUUCUUGUGUUUGAAAAGAAUAAAAAUGGAUAUGUUUUCCAGUGUGCAGAGUAUGAUUUCAGGCAAAAGAAAUCUUACUUGAUAGCUGGUGUGGAAGUUUAGAAAUAGCAUUCAGAACUAAUAUUCCUAGAGGUUUUCAUGUGGUUUUGGUUUAUCACUUUAACAGAAAUUUAGAGCAUCUUGU